UCCUCUCUUCCAUAUCCAUGUACUUUCGACCGAAUCGCAGUGGCAGAAAAUCCCUGAAAUCUCAAGAAUAUUUAGAGGAGCAAAUUCAUGGCCAGAAAUGGAGAGAUCGAUGACUAUAGGGAUUACUGUAAGGAUUGCAAGGCAAACACUUAUAUUGUUCUUGAUCACUGCACUGGGGACACAAUCUGCAGCGACUGUGGAUUAGUUCUUGAAUCUUGCUACAUCGAUGAGAUUGCAGAAUGGCGAACCUUCAACGAUGAUAACAACGAUAAAGAUCCGAAUCGUGUCGGUUAUAACGUAAACCCUCUUUUAAGCCAAGGCAACCUAAAAACCUUAAUCUCCAACAACAAGGGUGAUCAUGCAAUUCCCAGGUGGCAGGACGGUGUAUCAAACUCUGAUAGGGUUCUCCUCCAAGGUUUUGACAUUAUUGAAAUUAUUGCUAAUAGGUUAGGACUUGUGCGGCCCAUCAAGGAUAGGGCUAAAGAGAUAUUCAAGAAGAUAGAAGAACAGAAAACUUGCGUUAUGAGGAAGAGGGAUUCAAUCUGUGCGGCCUGUUUGUUCAUAUCUAGUAGAGAGAAUAAGUUGCCGAGGACAUUGAAUGAAAUAAGCAGUGUUGUUUAUGGGGUGACCAAGAAGGAAAUUAACAAAGCUGUACAGUCUAUAAAGAGGCACGUAGAGUUGGAGGAUAUGGGGACCUUGAAUCCUAGUGAACUUGUAAGGAGGUUUUGUUCAAAUCUUGGAAUGAAAAAUCAUGCUGUCAAGGCUGUGCACGAAGCUGUUGAGAAAAUUCAAGAUGUUGAUAUAAGGAGGAACCCUAAGUCCGUGUUGGCUGCCAUUAUUUACACAAUCACUCAGCUUUCUGAUGAGAAGAAACCUCUUCGAGAUAUCUCAUUGGCAGCUGAUGUUGCAGAAGGGACCAUCAAGAAGUCCUUCAAAGACAUAUCUCCUCAUGUUUCCAGGCUAGUACCAAAAUGGUAUGCCAGAGAGGAGGAUAUCAGGAGAAUCCGAAUCCCUCGAAAUUGUGGUGCCAAGCAACUCAAUUAAUAUUGUCCUGCAACUAACCUUGUACGUAACAAAUAUCUUAAGUUGUUCUUUGCUAGCUUAAGCUUUCCAAGUUGAGGCAAAAAGCUCCAUGGGAGCUGUUAACAAGGUGCUGGCACAGACAUAGUUUCUAGCCUUUCUUUGUAACUUGGAAAAAAUUGACCCCAGAAAUCACAACAGUGUAAGGACGCAAUGGGGAUAGAGUUUUUAUUUACAACAUUACUGAGAACUUCUUAGAAGAAUAUAAUUCAGUGGUGGUUUAACAAUUGGAGGA